GAUUUGAUGUCAUGUGUGGAGGGCAGUCUUUGUUCAAAUGUUCUGUUUAAAAAUGAUUUCUUCAUCACCAUCUGACAAAACAUUAGCACUGAGUGUUUUAACUGAACCAGACGCCGAGUAAACACACAAGAGCGGCCUUUGACAAUUGCACAGUUCUGUGUGUCCCCAUGAUGAAGCCUAAUGAAGUUAGUGAGGGGAGUCUCAGACAGUGCUAAUGGGAGAUGGCCAAAGAAAGCAGGCAUGUGAUGAGGAAAAUACCAACUUCAUGUGACCCAUGGCUAAGGAGCGGCUCAUAGGCGAAGACAAACACCCAUUUGUGUUGUUUUCUUCAGUCAGUGCUGAUCCACUGAGGAGAAUCCACCAGUCAGCCUGCCUAGAUCAUUCCCCCUUUGGAUGAAGCCUCAGUGGUCAGGAUGCAGUCUAUUAAGACAGUGGAGACCCAAGUGCCCUUUCUGAAAGAGAGUUUCUUCACUAGCACUUUCAAAGGCAGGAGGAAGAGCAGCGUUACCAACAUCCUCCGUAAACAACAGCACUCACUGCUUAAUCAACAACACCAGCAACAACAGUGCAUUUUAGAGCAGCAGCAUCCUAGGCAGUUUCUUCCCCCCUCAGAAGAAGAUGGACAAGGGCAGCGCACUCCGGAGCAUAGGCGCAUUGCUCGCUCGACCAGCAGCCCAUUAUGCAAGACAGCAGAGCAUGCAGGAGCAGAUGGGGAUGGAAAGGAGGGGCAAAAAGAGAGGAAGGAUCAGAGAGUCAGAGAGACUGUGCAGGGGAGGGGGGUAGAGCGAGGAGUGAGUGGUAGUGAGCCCGCGGCUGUCAGUGCCAGUCUCCUCCUCCUUUCAUCAUCAGCAUCAGCGGUGCGGGGGGAGGCAGCAUCAUUCUCACAGCUGCCUUUAACUGUGGUGGGCAGACAGGAGGGAUUAGGCAACUCUGAAAGGGCUCUAACCAACAGAGGACCAGCAUCAGUAGCAGCACAGGAAGAAGGCCAGCAUGCCCAGCCUCGAUCCCAGCAGCAUGGCCUGUUAGCCAAGGGUGUCCGACUGCUCAGGAACAUGGGGAACCAGGAAACAAAGCAGAAGAAAGGAGGAGGAAGUGGUGGAACAGCAGGGGAUGGUUCCUGUGAUGGUGAUGCUGAUGAGAGGGAAGUGGACAAAAAAUCUAAAAAGUCCAAUAAUAAGAUAAGUAAAGGAGGUGGCGAAAGUACUAGUAAGAAGAAACCUAAGUCAGAUUCAAAGGGUUCUGUGUUUUCUGGCAUGAAGAUCAGGAAGAGUUUAUCAAAAGCUAAAGGGUUGCCUAAGGAUGACAUGUUGGAAGAUGACAGGUCAGCAUGCUUUGACAAAGCAGAACUCAAGUCUGGUGCAGAGGCAAGCUUGUCGGCUAAUGAAACGGGCAUGCCAUCAGAUAUCGGUGAAGAUCUAAGCCGCUUGACCGCAAACAGUCAUCGGUCUGUGGUGGAUGAAACUGGCCGGAAGACAAGCUCAGGGUCGGAUGCUGAUCUCUACAGCUAUCAUUCCGCAGCAGCUGAAAAUGAAGACCUGCUUUCUGACAUCCAGCAGGUCUUAAGAGACCAUCAUGUGGCCAGUGAUAGAGUACUGGAAAUGGUGGCUGGCCACUUGUCUGAACAGUCAACCUCUGAAGAGAAUAAAGACCCUGACCAGCUAUUUGAUCUGGAUAAGAAUGUUUUCUCUCCUCCAGGUGGUAGUGAAUGUCUACCUCAAGGAGUAAGCAGAGCGUGUCAGAAACUGGAUUUCGAAACUAUACCCAUAUCAAGAAAUUCCUCUGGUCCAGGGUCUUUGAGUGAGAGUGGUCCACCAUCUUCAGCCCCAGACACAGAGAGAAGCAGCGGCAGCAUUUUUCCAAACACCAACAGCACAUAUAGUUUCCCUGACACGACGACUACCACCACAUCAUAUGAGAGUGCUGAGGAGCCACAUGAUGACCUGGAGAGUCCACUACACCAACAGCAUGGUCAAGAUAAUCUGGCUGCGCAGACCGAACACACAAGUGUGUCAUCUGUAUGCUUGGAGUCCACAGUGGCAGGGCCAGGGCCAAUGGGGUCUCACAGGAGUGCAAGCAGCAUGGACCUGUCCAUGGAGAGAGAGGGGGAAGAGGAAACCAGGACAUGGGACUUCUUGUCGCUGAGAAGGAGGAAGAGUAGUUUGUCUAUUAGCCAAUUAACAACAGACCCCUAUGUUUCACAGUCUAGACGUACAUCCUCCACCUCCCCCUCGACUGUCAAACUCUACCCUCCAGUCCACCCCUCCUAUGUUAAGACCACCACCAGGCAGCUAACCUCUCCAGUCAGCUCCCCCAUUACCAGCCCCCAUGUGCCCAGAAAAGAACCCACGGUAGAACCCACUAGGGUCAAGGGGUUUAAGAGGCACAAACAGAGGUCCUGCUCCAUUGCUGGACCCAUAAAUGUAUCUGAAGACUGGUCUACAGAGUUGGAUAAGCUCCGAGGAAGGCAUGGUGGCGGGGCAAAAGACCCAGAGCAGGAAACACCAGAAAAGAGUUAUACAGGGGGGACUUACUGGACACUAGGCUCCAGGAGAGCACACUAUGCACGGCAGACCUCCACUACCACAGUGCCCUACCUGGAUGUCUUCUCUGGUCGCACUCUGUUGGACUGGCUGCUUAUGCAUCCUGGAAAUGGGUCUACAGAAGAAGACGUGAAGGAAUUGUGUCACCGAAUGUUGGUCCAGGGUCUGUUGAACCCCUUCAGUGAUGGCACCGCAGAGCUCCAUGGUGACAGCACUCUCUCAGCAGUCUUUAAUGAGGAGCAGCUGUACACCUGGGCAUCAGUAGGUCUGCCAGUGUCUUCCCACCUGUGGGAACUCUAUGGGGGACGAUUCACAGGCAGGGAACAAAGCUUAAGAUCCCCUUUGCAUCAAUCAUCAGCCAAGACACCAGGAGCUCUACGCACUCAGACAGAAUCCAGCAGGUUGAAGUCAGGUCAGUCAUCCUCAGAGGAUGAAAGCUGUCUCAUCCCUCAGCUGGAGAGGACCAUUGAUGACCUUCGGAUUAAGAUUGCUGUGUUGCAGGGCCAGCAGGCCUCCUUGGCAAAGGGCAGCUUAGAUAAUAUGGGAGCUCUGGGCGCUGCCCACCACAAGGCCUCACAGAUGAGAGGAGGACGACUGGGGAAGAUGAGCCAGGAGGUGUCUGUCCAGACCUCGCCUGUGGAGGAGGGGUUUAAGUUUGACGUGCCUUUCAACGGAGGAUCAGGCAGCGUGUCGUCCUCUGUUUCAUCCUCCAUCCCCAAAUCUACAGAGAGCUUUGUCUGCACGUGCCAGCAGAGGCAACAGGGCAGCACCCAUCCAGCUCCCCCGCCCCCACCUCCCCCUCCACCUCCACCACCAAUCUCUGGAGGUAUGCCCCCACCUCCACCACCGCCUCCCCCGCCCUUACCUGGGCUUGGAUCUUGUCCACCACCCCCUCCCCCUCCUCCUCCACCACCACCACCAGGUUUUGGACCGCCACCACCUCCUCCCCUGCCUGGUUUUGGACCUCCACCACCUCCCCCCCUGCCUGGUUUCGGACCUCCACCCCCACCUCCUCCACCACCGGGCAUGGGCCCUCCUCCACCACCUCCUCCGCCUGGAAUGGGCCCCCCUCCUCCACCCCCACCCCCAGGCUUUGGGCCUCCACCACCACCAGGUCCCAUGCCCUCCAUGAUGGUCCAGGAAGCUGCCCCUGCCAAGGCUCUGAUAGAACCCCCCAAGCCAAUGAAGCCACUCUAUUGGACACGCAUACAGCUGCAUGCUAAAAAACCCAUUGACUCACUGGUGUGGGAGAAAAUCGAGGAACCAACAGUAGACUUUGAGGAAUUUGUGGAGCUAUUCUCCAAAAGUGCUGUUAAGGAGAAGAAAAAGCCAAUUUCAGACACAAUCAGCAAGUCCAAGGCCAAGCAGGUGGUGAAGCUCUUGAACAACAAGCGUUCACAAGCCGUGGGUAUCCUGAUGUCCAGCAUUCACCUUGAUAUGAAGGACAUCCACAAUGCUGUCCUAAAUAUGGACAACACUGUCGUUGAUCUGGAGACUCUGCAUGCCCUUUAUGAAAACAGAGCUCAAGCUGAUGAGAUGGACGGCAUUAAGAAGCAUAUUAAAUCCUCCAAAGAUAAGGAGGAUGCCAAGCCACUGGACAAGCCGGAACAGUUUCUAUUCCAGUUAUCUCAAAUUCCCAACUUCUCCGAGCGAGUUUUCUGCAUCCUGUUUCAGUCAACCUUCCACGAAUGUAUCACCUCAAUUCUCCGCAAAGUGGAAAUCCUUCAGAGAGUGUGCAAGUCUCUCCAGAGUGGUGAGUGUGUAUUGAAGGUGCUUGGCCUGGUGCUUGCUUUUGGCAACUUCAUGAACGGAGGUAAUCGUUCCCGAGGGCAGGCCGAUGGCUUCACCUUGGACAUUCUGCCAAAACUGAAGGACGUUAAGAGCAGUGAUAACUCCCAGAGUCUUUUGUCCUACAUAGUUGCUUACUAUCUAAGGCACUUUGAUGAGGAUGCUGGCAGAGAGACGUGUAUCUACCCUCUGCCUGAGCCCCAGGACCUUUUCCAGGCCUCCCAGAUGAAGUUUGACGACUUUCAAAGAGAUUUGCGCAAGCUGAAGAAAGACCUCAAUGCAUGCUCAGUGGAGACGGAGAAAGUUUGCAAGUUGUCCUCUGAAGAGAACCUGCAACCCUUUAAGGACAAGAUGGAUGAAUUUCUUAGCCAAGCCAAAACUGACCUGGAAACUCAAGAGAAGCAGCUGGCAGACACUCAAAAGAUCUUCUUGGAGUUGAGCGUUUCCUUCUCAGUUAAACCCAAGGCAGGCGAGAAAGAGGUCUCUCCCAACACUUUGUUCUCUGUUUGGCAUGAGUUUUCCUCUGAUUUCAAAGACCAGUGGAAGAAGCAGAAUAAGCUGAUGUUACAGGAACGGGUGAAAAUGGCUGAAGAGUGUUUCAAACAGGCCAGGGAGAAGGCUUCCUACAAUGUGAAACCCAAACAUGCAACUGGAAUAAAAGCAAAGCUGGGUCAGAAGAUCUGAAGCGGAGAAUGGAAAAUUAUCAUCAUCAAGCCUAUUGCACAAGCACUGUUUGUACAAUCUGACAAUGACUCAUCAGUCAUUUUUACAACAUUUAUUUGAUUCCAGAAUUUGUUUUCAAUUGAUUUAGACCUGCUGUUUAUUGUGAGUUGGUCCAAACUGGAUAUUAUUUUGCAUAAAAGUGGAAUGAAAAAUGACAUUCUCAGCCACCCUUUGAAAGCAAUCGCAUAAUUAUGUGAACUAUUGCUACCAAAAGAUGUCCUUAAGCUGAGAUGAUUAAAUCUAGUUGUAGUAAUUUGCCAGAAAAAGACUCACUGGAGGAAAUGUGUAGCAACACUAUAUCUAAGCUUUUUCAGUAUUUUAUAAGCCAUAUGUAGCCUAUUUUUGAUUUUUAGUGCAAUUCUCAAGCCUAAUUUAACAGGAAGGCACAGACACUUCCUCUUUAUGUCUUCUUAACUGGUGAAAAGCACAGAAUUUUAUAAUAUUUCUAUACGGUAUGGAUCACCGGGCAGACAGAUAGUGCCUUAUCACACAGCGAAGAGGUCAAAUGAGUGCUGUAGAACAGAGCUUAAUUCUGAGACAUAUCAUAUAUAAUUACAUGUAAUGAAGAAAGAUGUUUUCCAUAAACUAAAACAUGACAUUUUUAAUAGUUUCAUCAAGUGUGUCUCAGAACCUAGUGGUAACUAUACGUAUGUUUUUCUUACAGCAACUUCUCUUUUGUGGUUUUAUAUGUUUUUUUUGUUUUGUUUGUUGUUUUUCAUUGAAAAAAGUCCAUGCAUAUCUAAGUGGUGUGAUCUGAUAUAGAGCCACUGUUGUUUUAUGCAGCUGUAUUGUCAACUUUAUGUUUGAAGCAGAAUCUUUUUUCCUACUAGGUGUGAGUGUGUGAACUCCCAUAUGUUAAAAUAAGUAAUAAGCUUGUGACGUUCAUGUGCAAUACCAA